AUGACCUACGAUAUAGACUUUCAACCUCCAACUCCCCCCGUCCGCGACGUGCCUGGCGGAGCAGGUACAUACUCAGCCCUCGGAGCCCGUCUGUUCUCCCCUCCGCCAUUGUCCCGCUCUGUUGGCUGGGUUGUAGACAAAGGCUUUGACUUUCCCAACAAACUUUCAACAUUGAUUGAUAACUGGGACACUGGUGCAGUCAUACGCGACGAUUUCGACCGUCUCACAACCAGAGGAUGGAAUGGCUAUGUCGGCCCAGCGGACAGGCGAGCCUUUAAGUAUACCACACCGAAGAAGCGCAUUACUUCGGAAGAUCUCACACCGAAUCUUUUAUUCUCCAAGUCAUUUCAUCUGAUUUGCUCCCCAUCUCGCUGCCAGGAGCUCAUAACCGACAUCCUGUCAUGUCGCAAGGCGCUUGCCGCGCCGGAAGACUCGUACACCAAACCCAUAUUCGUCUGGGAGCCUGUCCCUGAUCUCUGUACGCCAGAUGAACUACUCAACUGCACAAAUACACUACGCCUUGUAGAUAUAUGUAGCCCCAACCAUGCUGAGUUGGCAGGCUUCAUGGGCGAUGACGGACUUGACCCCGAGACUGGUGAAGUGUCGACGCUAAGCGUGGAACGUGCCUGUGAACAGUUACUAGCCAGUAUGCCGCUGCAGUCAUAUGCCCUUGUUGUCCGAGCCGGAGAUAAAGGCUGCUACAUCGCCAAAAAUGGUGGCAGAAAGCGGAGAUCAGGGCCCGGCAAGACCUCUAAAUCACAAAAAGCACUUAUACACGGUGCACUGCAGCCCGACACAGACAUGGAAGCAUUAUUUGCUGGACUCUUGCAAGAUGACGAUGGAAUUAUCGCACGCGAAGAGAUUGAAGUUGACCCAGGAUUGGAAAGAUGGAUUCCCGCCUACCACCAAGAUGGCCGCAAGGUUGUUGACCCCACGGGAGGAGGCAAUGCCUUUCUUGGGGGAUUAUCAGUGGCUCUGGCUCGCGGAGAAAGGCUGGAAAACGCAGUGGCCUGGGGUUCAGUCAGCGCGAGUUUCGCGAUUGAGCAGGUUGGUAUGCCAUCACUAGUUAGGAACGAUAACGGUGUAGAGACAUGGAACGGGGAGGAGGUACAGCAACGACUCCAGGAAUUCGACCGACGACUCUAA